CGUGCCAUCUCCAUCAUGCGUUCCUCCGGUCUCUACACAGCUCUGCUGUGCUCUUUGGCCGCCUCUACCAACGCCGUUGUCCAUGAAAAACUCGCUGCUGUUCCCUCGGGCUGGCAUCAUCUGGAAGAUGCUGGUGCCGAUCAUCAGGUCAGCCUGUCUAUUGCGCUAGCCCGCAAGAACCUCGACCAGCUCGAGUCCAAGCUGAAGGCCGUCUCGACUCCCAGGGAAGCUCAGUAUGGUCAGUGGCUCGACCAGGAAGAUGUGGACACGCUGUUCCCAGUGGCCAGCGACAAGGCCGUCAUUAGCUGGCUGCGCAGUGCCAACAUCACUCACAUUGCCCGCCAGGGUAGUCUGAUCAACUUUGCGACCACCGUCGGCAAGGCCAAUGAGCUCCUGAGCACCACCUUUUCCUACUACCAGAACGGCUACUCCCAGAAGUUGCGCACGACGGAGUACUCGAUCCCUGAUCAUUUGGUCGACUCGAUCGAUCUCAUCUCCCCGACGACCUUUUUUGGCAAGGAGAAGACCAGUGCUGGCCUGGCUAAGCGAUCGUACAAGAUCGAGGGCAACCAUGUGGCCAAGCGCUACAACUAUUCAACCUGUGCCGAUCUCAUCACUCUGUCUUGCUUGAAGGAAAUGUACAACUUUGGCAACUACACCCCGAGCGCUUCAUCCGGCAGUAAGGUCGGAUUCUCCAGCUUUUUGAACGAGUCGGCGUCCUAUGCCGAUCUGGCCAAGUUUGAGCACCUGUUCAAUGUUCGUCACCAGGAAUUCGCCGUUCAGUUGAUCAACGGCGGCACCAAUGACCAGAAUGCGUCGACGGCCUCGGUGACCGAGGCGGACAUUGAUGCUGAGCUGCUGGUCGGCGUUUCUCACCCUCUGCCGGUGACCGAGUUUAUCACUGCUGGCACACCUCCUUUUAUCCCCGAUCCCGAUGAGCCGAGUGCUGCCGAUAACGAGAACGAGCCCUACCUCCAGUACUACGAGUAUCUGCUCUCCAAGCCCAACUCGGCGCUGCCUAACGUGAUUUCCAACUCCUAUGGCGACGAUGAACAGACUGUUCCGGAAUACUACGCCAAGCGAGUGUGCAACCUGAUCGGCCUUGUCGGUCUCCGCGGUAUCAGUGUGCUGGAGUCUUCUGGAGAUGAGGGCAUUGGAUCCGGCUGCCGAGCUGGAGACGGCACCAACCGCCCCCAAUUCAACCCCAUCUUCCCGGCCACCUGUCCGUAUGUGACGGCAGUCGGUGGCACGAUGUCGUACGCCCCUGAAAUCGCCUGGGAGGCCAGCUCGGGUGGUUUCAGCAACUACUUUGAGCAGGCCUGGUUCCAGAGAGAAGCCGUGCAGAACUACCUGGCCCACCACAUCACCAAGGAGACCAAGCACUACUACUCGCACUUUGCCAACUUUAGCGGUCGUGGAUUCCCUGAUGUCUCAGCCCACAGCUAUGAGCCUGCGUACGAGGUUGUCUGGUAUGGCGAUCUGUAUGGAUCCGGCGGUACCUCCGCAGCCAGCCCGGUAUUCGCUGGCUUGAUCGGCCUGUUGAAUGAUGCCCGUCUGCGCGCCGGCAAGCCCGCUCUGGGCUUCUUGAACCCUCUGCUCUACAGCCAGGGUUACAAGGCGCUGACUGACGUGACCCUGGGUCAGUCGAUUGGUUGCAACGGCAUCGACCCCCAGAGCGACGAGGCGGUUGCUGGAGCGGGCAUUAUUCCGUGGGCGCACUGGAAUGCCACUGUGGGAUGGGACCCGGUUACUGGUCUGGGUCUUCCUGACUUUGAGAAGUUGAGGCAGUUGGUGCUGUCGUUCUAGCCUAAGACGAAUUAUGAGUGUAUAAUAUGUGAUGACAUAUCAUUGUGAUGCGAUUGAUGAUGCUAUCCUUGUUCUCCAUAUCUUGCCGAACCGAUGAACUUACUUCAGUAACUGCUGGGGAGGCCGGUCUUUAUGAUAAAUUAAUAAUUCAUUGAGAAGG